CACUUUUCACAUUUUUCACUCAUUCCUCCAUAUGUCUUUCACUACUCUCUCUUUCCCUCCAAUCAUGCAAGUGUUGAAACCAACAACACAAAUGGAGGCAGCACAACCACCACCACCUUCUCCCUUCAAGCUCAACACACCACCCUGCGAAACGGUGUUCCACCUGACUUCCUCCAACGCAGUGGUGAUCUUCAGCAUGAGCAGCUGCUGCAUGUCGACAGUGGCCAAACAAUUCCUCAUCAGCCUUGGUGUGGCUCCCACUGUUGUGGAACUGGAUAAGCAGGCUGAUGGGCCUGCCAUCCGGGGUUUCUUGCACCAACUUGCAGCUGGGACUGGGACUGACCAGCCUGUUCCGGCUGUCUUUAUCGGCGGUAAGUUCGUUGGCGGUGUACAGACUCUCAUGACUAAUCACCUCAAUGGAACUUUAAUUCCUCUUCUUAAGGAAGUUGGAGCUCUUUGGCUCUAA